CCAGGACGAACCACUGGACACUCUGGCUCAUCCUCUCUGUUUCCAAAUUGACCUGCCCUGCCCAUUACGGAGCGGGCUGGGGACUCUCAGAUGAGCGCUUGGAGGGACCUGGAGAUGAGGAUCACGCAGAUAUACCCAUAGUCAUCAUACCAUCCAAGGCUCACGGUCCUGCCGAGUGGCCGAUGGGGUCAUGUCUUCCCAAGCAGACCCCCUCAGAACGGGUAUCCAUGUUGUUCGUGAGACCAUGGUAUCAGUGGAGGACGGCGGUCAUCAAGCCCACAGCCGGACAGCUUCGUCCACCACGACAAUCAGAUCAGGGGAGCCCGAAUCCCUACCACAACAAGACAGCCGCCAGAGGCAACUCCACAUGUCGGGUGCACCAAAACUCUACAACGAUGACCUUCUAGGUCAGGACAGUGACGAGCAGAUUCAAACCUGGAGAAGCAGUCCAAGCGAACGGGAGACGUUAAGAGAUCUGAUUGAUUUCUUGCGCAACACAUCCCCGCCACCUGGCACAUCAAGCUCUUCUGACCGGAAGCGCCAGAAGGAUAACAAGCGGCGCCUUUUUUGGCCGUUCCGGAAGAAGUCAAAGAGCGGAGCCGACGGGGCGGAGGGAGCCUCUGGUCUCAUAAAGUUGCCAGACUCAGCGGUCGCCGGGCGGACUAUUGGAGGGCACCGCCACAUUGCAAUAUCAAUACCCAUCGAGUAUGCUCAUCUGGAGCCCACAAGCGGUAGCCCCGUGUCCACCCCAGACGAACCAUGGAGGUUACCUCUUUCCAUCCUGCAGCCGGUUGAGGAGACGCGAGAGUCCCUGGAUAGCCAGACUCAGGGCAAGAGGCCCCAUGCAGCUCUGGGAAGCAACGAUCUCUUUUCUCUCUUUUCUCGGCAGGACGACAGUCCCGGACAGAAUGUUGAGGCGGAAACAGAGCAAAGGGGCCUUGGGCGGACAAGCUCUCCAACUGCAGACACCUCGGUCGGUGCCCACAACACCGCCACCCUUCCCCCUGAGCUGACAGCGCUCCAAGAAAACUCCAUUUCUCCCAUUGUUUCAGUAACAAAUGGCCCACAUCACCAAGUGCACCGCGUGCAUAGCCAAGGCAGUCUCCGCCAAGACGCCUCAAGGAGCACUGGCCAAUCCAAAGCCCCAGUCCGCCGGUCACUGGACCCGGAAUCUCUACGCAACGGUCAAUCCCCGGCCAGCAGUUUUUACUCGGCCAGCAGCGCGCCUACUCCUACGGAUGUGGUGACGGUGCAGAUCCCUUCGCCCCGGCUCGCAGCUGAAUUAUCAGGCUAUCUGCGGGCGGUGGACGCUGAUGGUGAACUCGUCAACGGCCUGUCCGGGGUUGAUGAAUCUCCCCGUUCAACUUUCGGCCCUGGGACUGCAGGGAAAAGCGAAUAUUCUGAGGGCAGACCGCUCCAGCUCACCUUUUCACUGCUGGAGGACCGGCUCCUGGACCCCAUCUGGGAAACCAGAGAGUCUUCGGACCCGUCAUGUACUCCCGAUCAUUCUCAAACCCAAUCACAUCCCACUGCAAGUCUAAACUCGCACGAAUCACUGCCCUCGGCGCAGGAGGCCAGUUUCCGCAUUACGCCCGUUAUGACCGUGGCAGACGUCCGUCCGUCCCCAGCCGAGAGCCCCCGGUCUCUCCGGCGCAGAGCCACCCUGGGCUUGUUCCCAACCGGCUAUAUGAUGCACUCGGACAUCGUCAUCCCCAGCAGCUUCCCCUCACGCACCCCACCGCCCUCGCGUUCCGAACAGUCACAGUCACAGUCACAGCCACAGUCACAGCCACAGUCACAACCACAGCGACAUCGACAGCCCCGACCACUGUCAAGCAUCACAAACUUCAAGACGCUCAAGCGCCUGUUGGAAGCCACGCAACAAAGCCCUAACGAGGCGGAGGGAGGGCAAGGGCAGGCAGAAGCAGACAGAUCCCUUCGUCCCAACACCUCUACUACUACCACCACUACAACAACAACAGCAGAGAGAUAUGCACAAGAGCAGCAGCAGGGGGACGGCCAAAGCCAGAGAGGACGCCCCACAUCAGUCACGCGCUCCGAGUCGCACCAGGACCUCAUACGUCGCUACGAUGACCUGCGCCAGACGCGUGAGCGCGAGCUCUCUGUGCUCAUCGAGCGCCUCGACCGCCUGGAGAGCUCCAACGACCGCUGGCUCAACGUUCUCGUGCCUGUUCUGGAGCGUGCCCUAGUCAUGGGAGCUCCAAGAUCCCGGUACACAGGGGUUCAGUACACGAACGGAACUCACAGGGAAGGAGAUGAAGAGGAGGAGCUGGUGGAAGGUGACGAGGAUAGCUUUGACUGGGACCGGGUAAGAGUUCCUGGCUCUCCUCAGGAGGAGCAGGGCAAGGGGAAGGGGAAAGCGCCAGGUGCUAGGCCGCCGGGGGUGCUGAGGAGGAACUCGAUGGGGUGGGGGACCCUGGAGCCGCUGAUGCGGGAGCUUGUGGAGGGAGCAGGAGGGAAAGAGGAUGCCAGUGAAGCUGAGGGGAGAGCGUUGGUGGAGGAUGCGCUGGCGCUGCUUGAUGGGAGGAGCCGCGGCGGUGUGGCUACUCGGACGGACUUGUAGAGUGGCAAGUUGAGUUUGGUUGUAAGUCUCUGUCAAGCAGUCAGGGGUGAUAAGGGGGCUAAAGGAGGGCUGGCAGUGGAUUAC